AUGGACUCCGCGCAUCUGGAUAUAUGCCACCUGGAAAUUCGUUCUAAAAAGGAAAAAUUUGGUUCUCUAAUACUCUCGCAGUUGAUGGAUAGAGAGGAUACAGAUGCUCCAGAACGGUGGAAUCUUCGCCGUUAUCCAAUUUCAGAUUCACAGGAAUUCUUUGAAAUGAAAUUUGAAGAAAACAGAAUUCGUAUUGAAAGGAAGAAAUAA